AAUUCACUUACAUCAGUGUUAUUCACGUUGUACAUUUUUUAUUUUAACGCAUUGUAAAACGACCUUUAAUUUAGAUUACGUUUUGAUUACACAUUGCAACACAAAAGAAUUAUCACAAUCAAAUAUGUGUUAUUUAGUCACGUUUUAUCAUAAGUAGGGAUAAUUAUCGUCAAACAUGAAUUACUAACAAUGAGUUAUGACAAUGAUCAUUGUAUUGUUAACAAGUGACCAGAAUAAGACGUAAUUGUCUAUUACAAAUUAUUCUAACUAUUCUUCAUAAAAUUAUAAUAUUAAUUAAUUAUUAAAAGUGUUAAAAAAUAUAAUAAUAGAUUUUAUGUGGUGAUAAUAUCGUUAUCGUGAUUUUGAAUUGUUUGUUUUGAAAUUUGAACGAGUCAUCAUUAAAAUCGAUACAAUAUUUUGCGUUGUUAAUGAAAAGUUGAACAUGGGUUUGUUUAUAGUGCUUUUGAUAUUUUCUAUAUUUUCUUCGACAUAUUGUACAGUUCAUUUUCAACCUGAAGCAGUGCAUAUUUCAUAUGGCAAUAAUAUACAUGACAUUGUUGUUACAUGGAGUACAAGAAAUGAUACAGGUGAAUCUAUAGUCGAAUAUGGUAUUGGUGGUUUUGUUUUAACUGCUCAUGGUAAUUCAACUCUUUUCGUUGAUGGAGGACCCAAAAGAAAGCAACAAUACAUUCAUAGAGUUUGGUUGACAAAUCUUAGACCUGACAGUCACUAUAUGUAUCAAUGUGGAAGUCGAUAUGGAUGGUCAAAUGUAUUUUAUGUUAAAACUGCUCCUGAUAAUUCUAUCGAUUGGUCACCACACAUUGUAAUCUUUGGUGAUAUGGGAAAUGAAAAUGCUCAAAGUUUAUCCAGACUGCAACAAGAAACUCAUCGUGGGUUAUACGAUGCUGCAAUACAUAUCGGAGAUUUUGCUUAUGACAUGAAUACCGAAAAUGCUAAAGUUGGUGAUGAAUUUAUGAAACAAAUUGAAGGAGUUGCUGCUUAUAUUCCAUACAUGACUGUACCUGGUAAUCACGAGGAAAAAUAUAAUUUUAGUAAUUAUAGAGCACGUUUUACAAUGCCUGGUAGUUCAGAAGGAUUAUGGUACAGUUUCAACAUGGGUCCUGUACAUUUUAUUGGUAUAGAAACAGAAGCUUAUUAUUUUAUGAAUUAUGGAAUAAAGCAACUUAUAAAACAAUACGAAUGGCUUGAUCAAGAUUUGAAAGAAGCCAAUAGACCCGAGAAUAGAGCUCAACGUCCUUGGAUAGUUACAUUUGGACAUAGACCGAUGUAUUGCAGUAAUGCAAAUGCAGAUGAUUGCACCAAUCAUCAAAGUUUAGUUAGAGUUGGUUUACCAUUAUUGAAUUGGUUUGGUUUAGAAGACUUAUUUGUUAAACAUAAAGUAGAUUUAAUGUUAUGGGCACACGAACAUAGUUUUGAACGAAUGUGGCCAAUGUACAACUUCAAGGUGUACAAUGGUAGUUAUGAAGAACCAUAUAAGAAUUACAAAGCUCCUGUACAUGUGGUAACAGGAUCUGCUGGAUGUAAAGAAGGUAGAGAAAAGUUUAUUCCUAAUCCACCAGAUUGGUCAGCGUUUCAUAGUUCUGAUUAUGGAUAUACACGUAUGAGACCGAUUAAUAAGACACAUUUAUAUUUGGAACAGGUUUCUGAUGAUAAGGAAGGAGCUGUUAUAGAUCAUAUCUGGCUUAUAAAAGAUUAUAUUCUACCGAUGUAUGAUUUAAAAGAAUUUGGUCUAGAAAAAAAUGAAGGAUUAUAAAAAUA